AUGUCAUUGGGCUAUGCGGAAAAGCUAUCCUUCCGGGAGGAUGUGGGUUCUGUUGGAAUGCCUGAGAUCUUCGACCCACCUGAACUAGUACAGAAUAAGAUAGAAGAGCUUGCAGUCAUGGUGCAAAAGAGUAAGCAUUUAGUGGUGUUUACCGGAGCAGGAAUAUCAACUUCAUCAGGGAUACCUGAUUUUCGAGGGCCCAAGGGUGUCUGGACCUUGCAGCGUGCAGGCAAAGGUAUUCCUAAUGCAUCGCUCCCUUUCCAUCGAGCUGUUCCAAGCUUGACCCAUAUGGCACUAGUUGAAUUGGAAAGAGCAGGACUUCUAAAGUUCAUCAUAAGCCAGAAUGUUGACAGUCUACAUCUCCGUUCUGGUUUUCCAAGGGCGAAGCUGUCUGAAUUACAUGGAAAUUCUUUCAAGGAGAUCUGCCCAUGCUGUAAAACUGAGUACCUUCGUGAUUUUGAGAUUGAGACAGUAGGACUGAAGGAUACUCCGAGGCGUUGUUCUGACAAGAAUUGUGGAGCUAGAUUGAAAGAUACAGUUCUUGACUGGGAAGAUGCUUUACCCCCUGAGGAGAUGAACUCUGCCAAGGAGCAUUGUCGAUCAGCUGAUCUUGUCCUUUGUCUAGGAACUAGGUUCCUUCACUGA